UUGCAGAUUUUCAUGGGACUUAAUGAGGUAAAAGCCCUCGAGAAAUCUCCUCUGUUUGCUGCCUCAAUCCAUGUUCACCCUGAGUACAACAACCCCAACUAUGUAGACUACAACAAUGACAUUGCACUGAUCAAACUGAAAGACACACUCACAUUCAACUCAUCGGUAAUGCCAGUGUGUUUGCCAGAACCAGGAGCCACAUAUGAUACUGGUGUGAUGGGGCUGGUGUCUGGCUUUGGUGUUACAAACGAGAAUAAUCGUCGCAUUCUAACAAAUCAACUGAAGUAUGUUUAUCUCCCAGUGGUGGACCAGCAGACAUGCAGGGAUUCAGUCACUUCGGCAAGGAGAAGAAAUAACAACAUACCAGACUUAACAAAUAACAUGUUUUGUGCUGGACUCCCUGAAGGUGGGAAGGACUCAUGCCAGGGUGACGCUGGGGGCCCCUUCACUCUGACUAAAGAUGGGCGACAAUGGGCUGCUGGGAUUGUCAGCUGGGGGGUUGAGUGUGGAGGAAAGGGCACAUAUGGAGUCUAUACCAGAGUCGCUAAUUACCUGAACUGGAUCAAGAAGACCAUGCAGGAGAACUAAAGUUACAGUAAUUCAGAACAACACGGUGUAAAUACACGAUGAGGAAAAACAU